UUCGUGGUAAUUUGAACAGUUAACGUCUGCUCUCGAGAACUAUCACAUCACGUUAUCAUUAUAGAAGACUCGAUUAACGAUGGAAAAAAACUCUGUGAAAAAACAUAGAAAGCAUUUACCCAUGAUAGAGAUACAAACAAAUUUAAGGGGCGAUAAAGAUCCGAUUCCUCAAGACAAUAUUGGAGAUUUGAUUUUGAAUGCAUUUAAAUCUAGGCCGAAUUUCGUAGGACAGGUGGAUGUGGAAACGGAGGAGCGACUUACGUUUCAACAGAUGAGAGAGAAUAGCGUGAAAUGUGCAUUAUGGCUAAAAAAAGUAGGCAUAAAAAAAGGCGAUGUAAUAACAAUAUGCACGCGGAAUUUGUCGACCGUCUAUACGCCGUUUUUAGCGAGCAUAUAUAUCGGCGCUAUUGUAAAUCCGUGGGAGGAAAAGUAUUUCGAAGAUAUAAUACGAGUUAUGUAUUUCCUGGUGAUAAAUGAGCCAGACUUGAUCUUUGUCGAUCACGAUCACUUUUUUGAGCUCCUCUCGGCCAUAGCCAUCUUAAAAAGUAUUAAAAAAAUAAUUAAAAUCGUAACCAUCGGUGAGAGUAAAUCUUCAAUAAAAUUUAACUCUCUGGAAGCUAUUCUGAACUACGACUUUGAUAAGGACGAAGUCGACAAGUUUUCGUGCGAGAAGAACGAUAUAAUGGACACCGCGAUUAGGACAUUUUCGUCUACUGCAUUAAAUUAUCCUGGUCAGGUGAACGUCCCUUACGUAGCAUUCGUAUCGCCAUCUAACAGGCAGACACCUGUUAUGUCUCCCGGUGACAUUGGUCUGUGGUACGAAUCUUUGUGUUGGACUCACAGUCCUCUUUUGACCGUUCACUCCAUACUUUCAUACGUGACAGCGAUAAAACCUGUGGUGUUCAGCGAAGAAAAUUUGUUUAAGACAAUAGAGAAGUACAAGGUAACGUGGGUGUUUCUUGAGAGCAGUACGUGCAAUCAAUUGAUUCAAACCGAUGCUUUUUUUAUGUGCGACAUAUCUUCCUUGAAGACACUUUUAUUUGAUAAUUGGGAGAUAAAAAAGGACAUUCAUGGGUCACUUCUCGCGUUGCUGUCAGAUGUUUCUGUCGUUCGAGUAUACAGUAAACCAGAAAUUGGCGUGAUCGCUUAUCAACGAAAGAAUGAUGCCAGAGAACAAUUUGCAGGUCAUGUAGCUAAAAAUGUUCAAUUAGCGUUUAUUACCAAGAAUAUGAAACAACUGGGCCCGAACCAAACUGGCUUGAUUUGUUACAGAAGUCCGUAUACAAUAUAUGGUGACAAGCACAAAAUAAAAGAACCGUGGUGCUAUCUCAAAGAUAAGGGCUUCUACAAUGAGAACGGCGAAAUCUUCAUCAUAAUUGAUGGAUUUCACCAUUUUGUUAGAUAUAAAAAGACCAUUAUCAUACCAAAAUCUAUCGAGACCACCUUAAAAUAUCAUCCCUCUGUGUCCGAGGCCAUUGUAACAGCUGUGCAACAUCCCAUUGAUAUGCAGCAUCCGGUGGCUUAUAUUAAGACAAAACCCGGAUUACAGGUAACGAAACAAGAUCUGAUGGAAUUCAUGAAAGAAGAAGCUCCCGACGAAUGUCAACUCCGCGGAGGUGUGCACUUUAUUAAAAACGAAAUUCCACGGCUUCCCAAUGGAAAAAUUUAUCGACGUCUAUUUUGGACUAAAAUUAAUGACAUGAAGAGCUGUAGAGGAGCUAAAACCUGUCGUGCUUGUUGCGAUACAAGCGGAGCUAGUCAGUAUUCUUGUGAUAAAAUGGCGAGUCAGAGUUCUAGAAAUGUAAAAAACGUACUGGCCGGGGAAGAAGAACCAAUUCAUAAUGUAAAUAUUGGAAAUAUGAUUUUGAGCACAUUUAAAUCUGAUCCGGAUUUUAUUGGUCAGAUAGAUGCAGCGACGGGAGAGCAAAUUACAUUCCAACAGAUGCGAGAGAACAGCGUGAAGUGUGCAUUAUGGUUACAACAAACAUUUAUAAACUCUACUAAAGAUAUUGUAAUAUCAAUAUGUACACGUAAUCAAAUGCUCGCCUAUAUACCAUGUCUAGCGGGCUUAUAUGUUGGUGCUAUUGUCAACGGAUGGAAUGAAAAGUACUUCGAGGAUAUGCCACGAGCUAUGUGGUACCUGGUGGAAUUCCAAUCAGACAUAAUAUUCGUCGAUAAUGACAAUUACAAGAUACUUGACUCGGCUAUCAAAUUGUUAAAUACCAGAGAGGCAAUCGAAUCUCCUCCGAUAAUCGUAACUAUUCGUAAACUCGGUAAUGGUGUCAAUUCUCUCGAAUCAAUUCUGAACAGCGACUUUAGUAAAGAUAAAAUUAAAAAGUUUUCCUGCGAGGAGGUAAAACCGAUGAAUAUCAUGGCGACAAUGUUUCCUUCCAAUGCAACACAAUAUUUGAAUAGUAGAACGAAUGUUCGUUACUAUGCACUCACAUAUCCAUCGAAUCAGGAGGUACCUGCAAUGUCGCCCGGUGACAUUGGCCUAUGGUAUGGAUCUUUAAGUUGGUUUUACAGCCUGCUCUUGAUCGUACGUAGUAUAGUUUCGCAUGUUACAGCGAUAAAAUGUUCGAAAUUCAGUGACGAAAACUUGUACGAGAUAAUAGAGAAGUAUAAGGUGUCGUGGGUAUUUCUUGAGAGCGAUAUGUGCAACCAACUGUUUGAAACCAACAUCUGUAUGUAUGAUGUCUCUUCGUUGAAGCAAUUCAUAUUCGGUGAUUCAGUCAUCAAUUACGAAAUUCACAAAGACCUCAUCAAAUACUUUAAAAAUGCAUCUAUCAUUCAAGUAUACAGCAUAGCGGACUCAGGUAUAAUUGCUGCUUAUCAACGGAAUAAUCAGAUCGGAUCUCACGGCAAGGUGGCUAAAAAUAUUCAAUUAAUGAUCACUAAUACGGGAACGAAAGAACCUGUGGGACCAAAAUUACACGGCGAGAUAUGGUAUAAACUCAUGUGCAAGUGGUGCAACGCUGAGACAUGCGAAUCACCAAAUUGUUCUAAUUAUCAAGCAAAAAAAGAUACUAUCACGAAAGAAAAAGAUAAUACCACGGAAGAAAAAGAUAAUGUCAACAACAAUAUAGCAAGCGCUGCUGUUACUUCCACAUGGCACUGUACCGGAGAUUACGGCUACUAUGAAAAGGAUAGUGAAAUCUAUGUCAUUGAUAGACUGAAGGCUCUUAUUAAAUAUAAAACAUUCUAUGUCUCGCCCACAAUAAUUGAAAACUUAUUACUACGUCAUCCGGCUGUAUCAGAAGUCGUUGUACGAUCUGUGCCAAAUAGUGCUGAUCGUCAACAUCCGGUUGCUUACGUCAAGCGAAUAUGCGGAGCAGAGGUGAAGAACAAGGAUCUGGUAAAAUUUGUAGAGGACAAUUUGCCCGAUAUGUACAAACUGCGCGGGGGCCUGCACUUCAAGACAAAAAUGCCACAUCUUCCCAAUGGAAAAAUCGAUCGAAUGCUCGUUCACCGUUAUUAACGGUAACUGGCCGCCUAAUGAUUGGUGCUACAACAGCAUUAUGUUUUUUAAUAAUCGGUACAAUAUUCAAAUAGAUAAUUUUUUAACAGAGUGUCCAAGAGAAUCGUUGAAUAUCAUUUUAAUGACAGAUUCUUUAUCAAUUUCAAAUGAUCAAGUGACUUUUAAAUUACUUUUACAUUACUUAAAAUGAUUUUAAAAUCACUUUUUCAUAAUCAGAAGGAGAUUAUUCAACGAGAUAAUCAUUUUAUUACAAUAUUUCAGUUUGUUGUAUGAAUUUCCAUAAUUAAAAUGAUGUAUAAGUGUAUAUGUAUAUUUCUAUACUAAACUAAAAUUAAAAAUCUAUUGACCAAUUUAAAAGAUAACUAAUGACUGUAAUUUAGAUAAACUAAAUAUGAUUGUAAUUUAGAAAACUAUUUAACUCAUUAAUUUUAAUCUUGCAAAAAGUCCUUUUUUAUUAAACAUU